UCACGUGAUUUGCUGUGAGGAUGGCGGAAGUGAGUAGUCGGUGUGGAUCUGGCUGUGCCUCAGCAAUGGCGAAGUUUACAGUUUUAUUUGUAUUUUCUUUAUUAUGUUCCUGUAGGGCACAAGUGCCUUUAAUCCUGUGGACCAGUGAUGGGUACACUUUGCCAAGCCUGGUCGAACCAACAGCUGGUGAGAUUGUCUCUGGUGCGAAGUUGGCGUCCUAUCUGAAAUCAGCCUUGACCACUUCACCACACACCGUUCUGCUGUUUUUACAGGACAAGUUAAGCAUGGAUGAUUUCACAGCAUAUGGUGGGGUGUACGGCAACAAAGAAGACAGUGUCUUUGUAAACUUGGAGUCCGCAUUGCAGGCGUCCACUCCCUUUGUGCUGCCGGCUUUGGCCUGGACUGCAGCCGACUCGGUGGAGGAAAUCUUCCAGCAAGAGCUCAGAGUUCCUGCACUCAACAUUGCACCAUCAGAACUCAGCCAGCUUCAGCUGAACACAGCACAGCCUUCUCUCCUGGUCAUCAGGCUCCCAUACACCACUGGUGCCCGAUCAGAAGAGCUUCUGAGGAAAAAUGAUGAGACCAUUGGAUAUGUCCUGACUAUACUGCGGGCUCAGAGUGUGCCUUACACUGCUGUUUACACCGGCCUGAGACCUUCUCAUGUGUUUCAGGACACGCCCAUGGCUUGGGAAUUAGCAGGACGCUCACUGCUGCAGGCUCCAGAAGAACCAGACAUCAAACCUCCAGUGAUUUUCAAUGAUACCUUAGGAAAGCCUUGUAUUCUGCUCUGGGCUGAUCAGCUAAACGUCAGCUACAACAGGGGAAACUUUUUUGAUUUGGGCUCUCUUACUUUCAAUGACUCAGUCACCCUGGAUGGCUCUUUCUGUAAUGAAACCUUUUCCAAGCUUGUCCUGAAUUACAAAAAUGUUCUGAAUUUCGGCUCUUUCCAGCUUAGCUUCGUGAUGCACAAGAUCUUCUUUCCUGUCUCGGCUCGUAACUGGACGGUCAUGGAGCAGGUGGAGCUGAACUACGAUGACCAGACGGCCAUCUUCAAUGCCAGCCAUGGAAUCUAUGCCCCUGCUGAGUAUUCCUUCCACUGUCAGAAAGUGAGCAGUGCUCAGAGCCCCCUGCUGGUGCCACGCGAUGUGACCGACAACGCCACCCUCUGGAAUGUCCUCUUCACUGAUUUCCAGAUCCAGGGCUUCAACGUGACUGGGAAUUUCUCGUACGCCAGCGACUGUGCCAGCUUCUUCACCCCGGGAAUCUGGAUGGGGCUGCUCACUUCCCUGCUCAUGGUUUUCAUCCUGACCUACGGCCUGCACAUGAUUAUGCAGCUGCGCACCAUGGACCGCUUUGAUGAUCCUAAAGGCCCGAGCAUUUCAGUGCCUCAGAAUGAGUAAUUCAAAGCCAAAGUAUGCCUUCCGGUUUCAUUUGUGUUGCGUUUAUGUCCAAUUAGAAACCUGUUUUCAUUCCGGAUGUUCCACAUUGUAGAGUCCGUGCACUGUGCAAGGCGUUUUUCCUUUAGUCGGCACUACAGCCUUGUGCUGUUUCAGGUACAGAAUCAGUUUAUAGCAUUGCUGACACUUGUUUGAGAAAUAUGCAAUUUCCCUUCUGAUGUAAUAUUUCCUGAAGCAACAGUACUUCUCAAAGUAUUCUUUGCACCACUAGUAAACAAAAAAAAAAAAUGCAGUUCAGUGUUUUUGUUAAAAGUUCGAUUGCCAUCCCGACGUGUACAAUGUCUUCUACGUUGCUAAACCUGCUAUGUGUAUUUGAUAGAUGUAGUACUUGCCAAAUAUAAUAUGCCAAAUGUACUACUGAAGUGCCCUUGAACAGUUUGAUUUACUACUGAAGUGUCUUUUAAUACCAAAGCAAAACCAAAAGCCUGGGGUUUAGUCAUUCAUAUCUAAUGAAGUACAGUGCGGUAGUUCUAAUUCUUGUGCAUCUCAUUUUCUCAUCCAUGAGUUAUAGUCGGCAAGGUCACAAUAACGUGAGGAAUAAAAUGGACUAGGAUAUCCUAGUUUAGGAAAAUGAACAAUGGUAGGGUGGGUUACUACCCCAAAGUUGAUUAUUUUCUAAUAACACCACAUCCCAAAAUAUUUUAAUCCUCUUAUACCACAGCAGUUUGCUAACACACAUCAUCUUUUUAAUUUAAAAAGCGUACAUAAAUUUUUGUUUAAUCAGUUUAGUUACAUGAUCCAGGUUUAUUCCUGUUGUCACUCCCCCCCCAAAAAAAGUUAAUGAUUGGGGGGGAAAAAAAUGCAGCUUGUGACAUUAAAGUCCUCCAUCCUGUACACUGUCAGAAAUGUUUCAGCUUUACCUCUGAUUUUUACAUGACACUGGAGACUCCUUCCCAAAAUUUCAUUAUCAUUCAUUCAUAUGUUUUAUAUAGAGCAUCUGGGAUACAGAUCCCUGUGUAAGUUGUUUAAAAUAGAAAUGAGAAAGUUUGACAAGUGAUACAAACCUGGACGUGUAAUCUGCCUUAGAGCUGACUUUACUCUGAGCUACUGCUAUAAAAAAAAUUAAAUUCAACUCUCCCUAACCAGUCAGCUUCGAGAAAUAAAAAAUGCUGUGGUGUUAAUCGCAAUGUUCAACAGUAAAAUACUUGUUAAUGUGGAGAGUUGAAGUAUUAGCUCUUUAUGUGCCAGUCAGUCAGAAGGACGUUACCUGUAUCAUUUUCAGAAAAAAAACCCCUCUCAUUCCUAAAAUGCAGCAAUACACAUCUCUCUUCCCAUUCGCCUUGAAGUAUAAAUUCUACCAAGAAUAGAAAUGUUGCUGCGAAUGUUUAUAAAUGUUUUUUUUUUGUACUGUUAAAAAGCUGUCCUGUGCUUAGUAAACAUUUAUUUUAAUUAUAAAAAUGUGGAAAUUUAACGCGUGGUAAUGAAUGAGUUUCUGAUUUAUACAAGCUUAACUUGUGGAUUUAAUUUUCUUUUUUAAAGUUCUUGCAUAAGGUUAUUCUCGUUGUAACCCAUUUGACAGGCACUGCCUGUGUUGUCAUUGUUUCCUAAUUGCUGGAUGUGUAAUUUAAAGAAUACUUGGCAAAAAAUUAAAGACUGGUAUGUAUAUUUGUGCCAUUUAAACUGCUACUGUUAUGGACAUGAACAAAAGUAUGCUUAUAGAAUAAAUCUAUUUAUAAAUGAA